GCGGGCAACUUAUUUACAGAGAAAGCAAGCAACCUCUGCUUCUUAAAGUCGGCGACGCACAAUUCUCACUCUCAGAUCCCAUCUUCCACUCACAUACAGCAGAUACAUUGCUUUCUAAUCCUGUUGCAUUUCAAGGAAAAAUUGUUUCUAAUCAAGAGAAAGAUCCAAUUGACCGAAACCUCGUGCUGGGUCUGAGCUAGAUCUCGAAGCUCAGCCACUUUUGACAAUGGGGGAGCAGUCGAAGUCGAAAGGGAUUUGUGGGUGGCUCUUAGUUUUGGUAAUUUUGGGUCUCCUUGUGAUGGGCAUUGUACUGGCAGUGAAGAAGAAGACGAAGCAUUCCCACUCUGCGCCGGACCUGGGCCCUGUUCCGGGGCCGCCCGGCGCGGUUGUCAAGAAAUAUGGCGACGCCCUGAAAACUGCAAUGCAGUUCUUCGACAUUCAGAAGGCUGGUAAGUUGGUAAACAAUAAGAUAUCUUGGAGAGGGGAUUCAGCUUUGCAAGACGGCAAAGAGGCGAAUUUGGAUCUUUCAAAAGGAAUGUAUGAUGCUGGAGAUCACAUGAAGUUUGGAUUUCCAAUGGCUUUUACUGCCACAGUAUUGUCCUGGGCUAUACUUGAAUAUGGGGAUCAGAUGCAAACAGUCAAUCAGUUGAAACCUGCUCAAGAGUCACUUAAGUGGAUCACAGACUACCUUAUUAAUGCUCAUCCUGAAGAUAACGUGCUCUAUAUUCAGGUGGGUGAUCCUGAUAUAGAUCAUAAGUGUUGGGACAGGCCAGAGGAGAUGACUAAGAAGAGGCCUCUCACUCAGGUUAACACUUCUUUCCCUGGAACAGAAGUUGCUGCUGAAACUGCAGCAGCUAUGGCAUCAGCAUCCCUGGUUUUUAAGUCAAUAGAUUCCACAUAUUCAAGCCUCCUUCUCAAGCAUGCACAGCAAUUGUUUACUUUUGCUGAUAAAUACAGAGGCUCUUAUAGUGAGAGCAUUCCCCAAGUCCAGAACUAUUAUAAUUCAACUGGUUAUGGAGAUGAGCUCUUAUGGGCUGCUAGCUGGCUCUAUCAUGCUACUGGUGAAAAAUCAUAUUUUGACUAUGUGACUGGAAAAAAUGGGAAAGAAUUUGCCAACUGGGGAAGUCCAACCUGGUUCAGUUGGGAUGACAAGCUACCAGGAACUCAGGUGCUGUUAUCCAGGGUAAGUCUUUUUGGUGCAAAAGAAACUUCCAACUCAGAACGCCUCAAGAAUUACAGAAAAACUGCCGAAGCUGUCAUGUGCGGGCUCCUGCCAAAAUCUCCAACAGCCACGUCCAGCAGAACAGAUGGUGGACUAAUAUGGGUCAGCGAAUGGAAUGCUCUGCAGCAUCCAGUUGCUUCUGCUUUUCUAGCUGUACUUUAUAGUGAUUAUAUGCUUACCUCCCGGACUGCAAAGCUGUCCUGUGAUGGAGACUCCUUCGGACCAUCAGAUCUUCGUAAAUUUGCCAUUUCACAGGCUGAUUAUGUUUUGGGUGAUAACCCGAUGAAGAUAAGUUAUCUUGUGGGGUACGGUGAUAAGUACCCGCAAUUUGUACACCAUAGGGGAUCCUCAAUUCCAGUCGACGCAAAGACUGGCUGCGAUGGCUGGCAGUGGCUCAACUCAACCAAACCCAAUCCAAACCUUGCGGUUGGAGCACUCCUGGGGGGUCCUUUCCUCAACGAGACGUUCAUUGAUUCACGGAACAAUACAAUGCAAGCCGAACCAAGUACGUAUAACAGCGCCGUUGUGGUAGGCCUUCUCUCCGGUCUGGUCACCACCUCCUCUGUGGUUGCAUCUUUUACAUGAUUCAUUGCAUUGUAUAUGGAGUUCUAUGCAUGGCCAUUUCCUUCUUGGAACUUCUUUUUCUUGGUAUUAUGCUCUACAUGUACGUAUUGAUGUAUCCCGCUGUAGGCUUAUCUGUUUUAACUCUCAAUCUUUCUUCUCUCCUCCCCCUUUCCUUCUCUAGAUGUUUUGUAGCCAUUUAUGCUUAGUACAAAGCUUUGUUUGUCAUAAUCUGACUGCAAUUGAUGUUGCAGUGUCAUUAUGUAUAUAUGAUAUGUGAUGCAGUUGAUUCUC